UCCGUCAUCGUACCCACGAUACCCUCUUUCACCCUGGCGGGAAAUCACAGGAAUCCAGAUUUCAGGGCCCCCAGUGCUCACUUCACCCUCGAUACUGGGAAUCGGGACGCUGGAACAGUGGACGCCGCAACGGGAUCCUCUUGCAGUCAUUACGGAUGCCGCCUAUCUCUGAUGACACUGUCGCAGUCCAGGCCGACGUGCACUAGCACUGCGUCCGUGAGUUGCUGCAAGCAAGUAUCCGCACCCAUUCCAUCCGCACAACAACGGGGGGGGGGGGUAGCUAUCUCUCCACCGCGCUGCGACCUCCCGUCGUCGACAUCGACUCAAGAGUCAAACCCACAUCCACCCACUCACUGCUUGGUGGAGAGAGGCAUGGUGGAGAGCGCGAUGAGCCUAGCGAGGUCUAUUUCAUUUUCAACUUCUCAUCAACCCAUACCCAUACACCCAGGGCCAGCACCUUGGCGUCCGUGUCGGUGUCUCCAGAGUCCCAGAGUCAGUGCAGAGAGGCUCAUCUGCCCACGCUGUCAAGGGUCGUUGCAAACUCGCGCCUUCUCCGCCUUGUCUUGUCAGACGACCAGCACCUGAAUCGCCGCGCAUUAGAAUCGUCGUGAAGAAGGUUUAGCACCAUGCCUCAUCAGUAAAUGAUCACAGCCGAUGAUAGUAGUUUGACAAACGCAACGGGCACUGUUGCUAGUGUACUUGGUGCAUCUGACGAGACCCGCAU